CCCCGACUACCGCGGUGCAGGGGGUUCAUCCAAGCCUGCUACCGGCUUCACCAAAUCCAAUAUGGCGCGAGAUUUCGUUCGUCUAUUGAACGCCCUUGAGAUUCAUGAGCCAGUUCACUUGAUCGGCCAUGACAUCGGGGGAAUGAUUGCGUUUGCCAUGGCAUCGAAGCACCCGUCGCGGGUAGCGAGCAUCAAUUGGGGAGAAUGUCCCUUGCCUGGAACCGAGGUAUUCACCGAAGAACUUGCUACGCACGCCGUUCAUCAAUUCCAUUUCGUCUUCCACAAUGUGCCUGAUCUUGCUCUAGCACUCGUGUCAGGCCGUGAACAUGUCUACCUGACCCACUUCUUUCAGAAGCUCGUGCAUAACAGUGCCGCAAUCAAGCCUGAAGACAUUGAUCAUUACGUGCACUCGUAUGAGCAGCCCGGCGCUAUGCGGUGCGCCUUUGAGAUUUACCGCGCGUUCGAGCAGGACGCCAAAGAGUGCCAGGAAUGGAUAUCGUCGUACGGAAAACUUAGCCUCCCGGCUUUAUCCUUGAGCGGGAUCGAGAGCAGACAUCUCGAGCAUGCAAGUGGGAUGUUUGCGGAAGUCCAUCAGAAGGGAACCUAUGAGAUCGUGGCGAUUCCCGACUCCGGUCACUACAUCGCGGAAGAGAAUCCGCUGUGCUUUGUCAAGGAGUCGCUGAGUUUCAUCGAACAAGCGAUAUUAGGGCCGAAAUAGCAGGAUGGGAAAUGCGUGCCUAGCUAGAUCGAGAGUUCAGCUAGGUACACAAAGUGAAUCGAUGUACAUAUACCUAACCGACACAUAGAUAUCAUAGAAUGAGGUUGUUCUCUCGGUCCUCUUCCAUUGACAAUAUGCUCGAUCGGUAACUUGGCAGCAGGACCUGGCUGGUGAGCUGAAUCCUAGUUAAUACGUGAAAAGAUUUUCGAUGAGUCUAGACUUCAGCCUCAUUGGAGUCAUUCCCCCGGUUAUAUACAUUUCGCGAACCAUUUGUCGGAGGCCGAAAGUCGCUCUCUCGAGGCUGGCUGAUAGAAAGCAUGUAGUCGUUGGCUCCU